AUGCAGAUCUUCGUCAAGACGCCGGCGGGGAAGACCACCACCCUGGAGGUCGAGAGCAGCCACACCGUCGAUGAUGUCAAGUCCAAGGUCCAGGACAAGGAAGGAAUCUCGCCGGACCAGCAGCGUCUCGUCUACGCCGGGAAGCAGCUGCCGGACGGCCGCACCCUGGCCGACUACGGUGUACACAAGGAGUCCACAAUCCACCUCGUGCUACGCCUCGGCGGAGGCUGGAUGCAGAUCUUCGUGAAGACGCCGGCGGGGAAGACCAUCACCCUGAAGGUCGAGAGCAUCGACACCGUCGACAGUGUCAAGGCCAAGGUCCACGGCGAGGAAGGCGUCUCGCCGGAGCAGCAGCGCCUCAUCUUCGCGGGGAAGCAGCUGGAGGACGGCUGCAACCUGGCCGAUUACGAUAUCCAGAAGGACUCCACCCUCCACCUCCUGCUUCACCUCCGCGGGGGCAACAUGACCAACGAGAUGCAGAUCUUCGUGAAGACGCUGACGGGGAAGACCAUCACCCUAGAGGUCGAGAGCAGCGACACCAUCGACAACGUCAAGGCCAAGAUCCAGGACAAGGAAGGCAUCCCUCCGGACCAGCAGCGCCUCAUCUUCGCUGGGAAGCAGCUGGAUGAUGGCCGCACCUUGGCCGACUACAACAUCCAGAAGGAGUCCACGCUGCACCUCGUGCUUCGCCUCCGCGGGGGCACCCGGAUCGAGCCCAGCCUCAAGGAACUCGCUCAGAAGUACAACCAGAAGAAACUGAUCUGCCUCAAGUGCUAUUCGCGCCUUCCGCUCAGGGCUACGAAUUGCCGCAAGAAGAAAUGUGGCCAUAGCAACUAGCUGCGGCUGAAGUCGAAAAGGCGUUGGUUUUGUUGAAGAGCCACACAUCAGUUGAAUCGGCUAUCUACUUGUCUCACCUUAUCAAGACUGACAGAAAAUUUAAAUGUCUUGGUGUAAUGUUCCUGCUGGAUUUGGAGCAUUGUCUCUUUUGAACAGUUGGUUAUGUUUCGCUGCAUGCUUAGGACAUGUGAUGAUUGUAAUAUGGCAGCUUAACUCUUUUUGGCUGGAUUGAGAACUUACCUAAUUUCUAUACAUGCUACUCUGUUUUCAAUCUUGCAUCGACUGCUGAU